AUGCCGAGAAACAAAUUGGGACCGCUAAAAAUGGGGUUACGACAGAUAGGUAUAGCUUUAUCAGCUACUAUCAUAACCAGUUCUCCAUAUAAGGCUGCCUUGAAAUCAUCAAAUGAUAAAAAAUCAACUAAACCAAUUUCGAAGAAAAAAAGGGGACCACAUCACAUCACCAAUAAAAAGCAGGUGGAUCAUCAUCAAUUAGGAACAAUGCUAUGUACGGUAUGUAACUCAAAGGUUAUACUAGCUAACAAAGGAAAAUUUGAUAUUGAACAGCAUUUAGAUAAUAAAAAACAUAAGCAUUUCGUGAGAUCAGAAAUUGUUGUGGACGAAAACAAAUGCUUUGACCAAUUUCAUAAUUUGAGAGCAUUUUGGAAAAAUAACAUUUUUUCUUCAGACUUCCUUUGCGUUUCCAAGUGGGUAAAAUACUUUGAUGAAAAACAAAAUGAAGAAUUUUGUUCAGAACUGAAAAAAAUUUGUUCGUUUUUCUUCGCCAUCCCAGGGCAUAAUACAAACACUGAAAGAGUAUUUUCUUUAUUGGAAUCUCAAUGGACGGACAAGCGCAACCACUUAAAACUUUCAACCGUCGAAUCAUUAGCAAUGAUAAACUGUAAUUACAAAAAUGUAUCGUGCAGUGAUUUUUACAGGAAAGUAAAAAAGUCCGAUGAAAUUUUAAAGAAAGUGUCAAAUUCGGAUAAGUAUCAUGAAUAA